AUGGAGGGAAAGGGCGAAGAAUGGCCGGCGAUAGGAAUCGAUCUCGGAACCACUUACUCAUGUGUUGGAGUUUGGCAGCACGAUCGUGUUGAGAUAAUUACCAACAAUCAGGGCAACCGAACCACGCCGUCUUCUGUCGCUUUCACUCAAACUGAACGCCUUAUUGGUGAAGCUGCCAAGAAUCAAGUUGGUGCCAAUCCAACAAAUACCAUUUACGAUGCGAAGAGGUUAAUUGGUCGGAGAUUCACAGAGGAAACAGUUCAGAGUGACAUCAAACUCUGGCCUUUUAAGGUUCUUUCCUGCCGUCACAAGGACAAUAAGCCUAUGAUUGUUGUCACAUAUAAGGGUGAAGAGAAACAUUUCGCUGCUGAAGAGAUAUCUUCCAUGGUUCUCAUGAAGAUGAAAGAGACUGCAGAGGCCUACCUUGGUACAGAAGUAAAAAAUGCUGUAAUCACCGUGCCUGCCUACUUCAAUGAUUCGCAACGACAAGCAACUAAAGAUGCUGGCACAAUAGCUGGGAUCAAUGUCAUGCGAAUUAUCAAUGAGCCAACAGCUGCAGCCAUUGCUUAUGGUCUCGAGAAGAAGGCUGUUGACAAAAAGGCGGCUGCAAGAAAUGUGCUAGUUUUUGACCUCGGUGGUGGCACUUUUGAUGUCUCUUUAGUAACUCUAGAGAAAAAUUCCUUUGAAGUCAAAGCUAUUAGUGGGAACACUCACUUGGGCGGAGGAGAUUUCGACAACAGAAUGGUGAAUCAUUUCGUGGCUGAGUUUAUGAGGAAGCACAAUCAGGACGUAAGUGGUAACCCAAGAGCUCUUGCGAGGUUGAAAGCUGCCUGUGAGAGAGCAAAGAGGACACUUUCGUUUACUACUGAGACUACUGUGCAGUUAGAUUGCCUUCAUGAGGGUACUGAUUUAUUUUCAACAAUCUCUCGUGCACGAUUUGAAAAGAUGAACAUGGAUUUGUUUCAGGAUUGUAUGGACCCUGUUGAAAAGUGUUUGAGAGAUGCCAAGAUGGGAAAGAGUGAAAUCCAUGACGUUGUUCUUGUGGGUGGGUCAACUCGUAUCCCUAAAGUUGAACAGCUCUUGCAGGAUUUCUUCAAUGGAAAGGAACUCUGCAAAAGCCUUAACCCAGAUGAGGCUGUUGCAUAUGGGGCCUCUAUUCAUGCUGCAAUCUUGAGUGGUGUACGAUAUAGCGAAAGGUUUUUGCUUGUCGAUAUAACUCCCUUAUCACUAGGCACCAAUGUUGCUUCUGGUGACAUGAGUGUUGUCAUUCCAAGGAACACUCCAAUCCCAACAAUAAUGGAGCGCAGAUACCUCACUUUUCUGGACUAUCAGACUAUAGUGAAUGUUCCUGUAUAUGAAGGUGAGAGACUCAUUGCCAAACAUAACAAUUUCUUGGGUACGUUUGAUAUAUGUAACAUUCGCCCAGCUCCAGCAGGUGUCGCGAAGAUAACUGUGUCCUUUGAAAUUGAUGCAAACGGCAUACUGACUGUGACAGCACAGGAACAAGACACUGAUAACAAGAAUCAAAUCACCAUCACCAACCAUAGUGGGAGGCUAUCAAGAGCAGAGAUUGACAGGCUGGUGGAGGAGGCGAAGAAGUACAGAGCAGAAGAUAUGGAGCGUAAGAAGGUGCUUAACGCUAAGUUAAACUUAGAGAGAUAUGUCAACAACAUUUGGGAUAUCAUGAAUGGUCGGAUUUGGAGGAGGAGUACUCUGAUGCAAGACAAGAAUGCAAUCGAAGAUACCGUUGAGCGCACAAUUCAGUGGCUCGAUUGGAAUAGCCAUCUCAACGAAGCUUCUUUGUUUGAGGAAAAGUUGAAUGAGCUCAAGAAUGUUUGUGAUUCUGUCAUUGCUCAGAUGCAUCUGAAGGGUGCUGAUGUGGGUACUAAGUUCCCCAAGAUUGAGCCAAAGUAAGCUUCACAAAUCAGUUACAGAUAUAGUAGGCAGAUGUUUAGUUACGACAGUAUUAACUCAUCGGUAUUCUUGUCAUAUUGACUGAGCUCAGCUCAACGAUGUUUGUGAU